AUGCGUUUUCUGUCUCUGGCUUUUCCCGCUCUUUGCGCAGCGGCUGCAGUCUCUAACUGUGAGAACCCGACAAAGCGUGUCGAAUGGCGCGACCUGGAUGAUGCAGCCCGUCAACAGUACACCGACGCUGUUCUAUGCCUUUCCACCAAGCCAUCUCGUCUUGGGAAUGCCGGCUACAACGGAGUUAUGCCGUAUUGGGACUGGUUCCUCGAUGCCGACGACACGCCCAAGUCCACCAUCUGGGAUCCUAAGACCGGCUUCGGCGGUAACGGGAGCCUCAACAAGACCGAGUCUAUUUACGAUGGACGCGCUGUCCGAAAGUGUCUUGACGACGGACCCUUCAAGGACUUCUUCCCUGCUUACCUGCCCACCGAAUACGAUCCCCAUUGUCUAGCGCGCGAUUGGAACGAUGGAAGUGAGAAUGUUGGGAAUAUGUUAUCUGAGAAGUACAACAAGGAGGCUGUUGCCAAGGUUCAGGCGGUCAAGGACUACGAUAUCUAUCGUCAGAGGCUGGAGGCUGGUCCUCACGGUGCUAUCCAUAGCGCAAUGGGUGGCGACAUGGUUCCCAACACUUCCCCCAAUGAUCCUAUCUUCUUCUUUCACCAUACCCAGAUCGAUCGCCUCUGGUAUCUCUGGCAGCAGGAGGAUCCAAAGACUCGCACCAUGGAAUUCGCGGGCUACAAGACUCAGGACCAGUUCGACGAAACCAAGCCUCCUCCUGCUUCUCUCGACGAUAUACUUCUGAUGAACGGGUUGGCGGAUGAUUUGAAGGUGAAGGAUCUGAUAGGCACGCAAAGCUCACUUCUCUGCUAUCCAUAUUAG